CGCUUACUCGCGUACAGCCCGGGUGGUCCUGGACAGCCCACACCACCGCCUCCCUCUCCACCGCAUAGGACAUGCUGCUCUGCCCACCAGCACGCGCAACGUCGCGAACAUCGCUCGAACAGCUCGCAAUCAAAACAACCAGCCUCGACGCCGACGAAUUCAGCAGCAGCGACGACGAGGCCGACGACACCAGCCCGCCCAAGCGAAAGAGCCUAACCAAACGGAUCGACACUGACCACCCAGGCUCGCGGUCAGCGCGGCUCGCACGCCGGCUCCCGAGCGUGGCCGAAGGGAGCCAAUCGCUCAAGCUGCCGCGCCGGUCGCUAGCCGCCACCGACCCUUCCUCUUUCACGACGGCAGACCGCUCCUCGCCCGACGUCUCGGCCGAUCCACAGAUGCCACCAUCUCCGGCCGACCCUCGCAAGCAGAUGAAGCGCGUGGCGGAGGCGGCGGCCAACGGGACGAGCUUGGCAGAGCCCGUGCUUGGCACGGCCUGGACAGAGCCUGAGAUUGCUCAGUGUGCUCAGUGGACUGAGCCUGUGGGCUGGGCCCAUGAGCCCUUCGCUCCAGGCUGGGCCUUCACCGGCAGUUGGACGGGUGGGGCAGUCCCGCCGAUGAUGGUGUGUCCUCAGCCCUCGGUGCUAGUGCGGAUGCCUGUGCAGAUGGGGCUGCAGAUGGCGCCGAUGCAGAUGGCGCCGCCAACGUGCUACGAGUAUUCGAUGCAGUACGUGCAGCAGGUGCCGCCGCAGCCCGUGGCGCCGCCGAUGCACUACGAGUACCCGAUGCACGCCUUCAGCCCGGCGGGCCAGCCGGUGGGGUGGCCGCCGAUACCGCAGCAGAUGGCGCCGCAACCGCAGCCGCCAGGCAGCAGCGUCCCCUGGGGCUCCCUCGUCGCCACCGCGUUGGACGCAAAGGGGUCGAGGGCGCUGCAGCGCCUGCUCCCGACGCUGCGGGACGAGGAGCUCUCCGCCGCAGCCGGCGAGCUGGCGCCGCACCUCUGCUCCCUCGCCCAGCACGCGUUCGGCAACUACCUCGUCUCCAAGCUCGCGUCGCUCCCGCUCCUCCGCCCCGCCCUCGCGGCCGCCUUCCGCGGCCACAUGGCGAGCCUCCUCUGCCACGCGCAGGGCUCGCGCGUCGUGCAGGCCUUCCUUGCCGCCGCGGCGCCGGCCGACGCGGAGGCGCUGGUGUCGGAGCUCGACGGGCGCGUCGUCGAGUGCGCGCUCGACACUUACGGCUCGUGGGGCGUCUGCGUCGCAUACAGCGCCACGCGCGCCCCGUUCGUGCUGCGGCAGCUCUCUGCGGCCGUCGUGCGGCUGUCUCUCGAGCAGCACGGCUCCCGGGUGGUGCAGUACGUCCUCAAGGAGGCGGGCAACGCGGGCAUCGACUGCUCGGCGGCGGUCGACCGCGUCCUCGGCGGCGGGCUCGAGGAGCUCGCCCUCCACCGCUUCGCAAACUACGCCGUCCAGGUGGCGCUGCGGCAGUGCGGCGCCGGCCAGCGCGACGCGAUGCUCGGCGCGCUGCUGCCUCGGCUGCUGCCGCUCUCGGCGAGCAAGCACGGCUCAAACGUCGCCGAGGUGGUGCUCUCGCUCGCCUCCCCCGACCAGCUCGACGCCGCGGCGGAGCCCAUCUUUGGCGGCGGCGACGAGGCGCCCGCGGCUCUGCGGCGGCUGCUGCAGCACCAGUUCGGGAACUACGUGCUGCAGACGCUGCUGCGCCGGCUCGCCGACGGGCCACGCCGCGCCGCCGCGUUCGCAAAGGUGCGCGAGGCGACCUCCGCCGAAAACUACGGCCGUUCGGUCCUCUCGCGGCUCGGCGAGGUUGAGGUGGCGUGAGGGUGCCAUCAAGGAGGGGCUGAGAGGCUGUGGGACCCUGAUCUACCUAGUACCCUUCGAAGUACCCUUGGGGCGCAUGGUCUUUCCUCCCCCCUCCGCCCCUCUGGCGGCCCAGACACGCGACGCGCCUUAGACCGCGCGCGGAGAGAGGGUCUGUGGCUUGGCUUUCGUGAUGCACUUUACGAUGCCGCCGUUUUCGGUGCUGAAGCUAGAGCUGUGAGUGGUGUGUCUGUGGACUGUGGUGUGUCACCUGCGAUGCCCAGAUGACGUCAGCGACCCAGGUGACGCGUCCGGGUCUUGAGUUGUUUAUGGACUAUAUGCCC